AUGCAGAAGAGAAAGCAUUCCUGGGCAGCCUUUGUGGGAGGAGGCAACAAGAAGGGGGAGAAAAUGAGUGGGGAAAAUGCAAGAAUACUGCCCAAGGCCACACAUGAGGAAAGAAAGAAGCAGGAGGCAAAAAGGAAAGGGAAAUUGAAAACCUUGGCAGGCAAAUUGCUGAAGACUGUGGUUGGUGGGAAGGAAACAGAGGAGAAGGCUGGUGCUGAGGAUGUGGCAGGGAAUUUGCUGAAGAGACCAAGCUGUAGGAAAGCAGAGGAGAGAGGGACGCCUGCAGAGGAAACCAUCUGCACAUUCAUUGAGCAAGGAAAAUUUUUGGAAGCUUGUGACCAGAUUCAUAAUCUGGAGCAUUCUGGAAAUUAUGGAAUGGGAAAGUGUGAAUCACUUUAUGUGCUGCUGGCUGAACGAAUGUGGACUGUAGUGGGAGAAGCACUCAGUGGAGGUGACAGGAUGCUCCUGGAGCCGUUGCAGUCAGUGGGGGAAUCACUGAAGUGGGAGAAGCAGAAGGAAGCAGAGUGGCUUGGCAACAGCCUAGAGACAGACUCUGUUUCCACCUGGAGCCCAAACUUCUGGAGAAAAGAUCUGGAGGAAAAGCUAAUGCAGUACAUGACAGCCCAGAUUCCCCCGUUUGCUUCCUCUACUGACACCGAUGAGACUGCCCUGAAACAGCACCUGAGUCACCUGGAAAGGACAUUUGUCCCCAGGCUGGAGCACAGAAGUGAUGUCUUCAGGGAAGCAGGACUGCUCGUCACCUAUGCCCGCUGCUGCCAUGCCUCCUUGUGCUCUCACCUUGCCACGCUUACUGACAGUGAAUGUUUCAGCUUCAGCCAGAGCCUUUUAAUUUAUGAAUGGAUCAUUAAAAUGUACAAAAGAGGCAGCCAGGCCUGUGAGAGACCCGGGCACAGCCUUUCCCUUGGUGCACAGUGCCUCGUGUGGAUCCUUUGGAAGACUGAGGAAAAGUUACUUGCAACUGCACGGAAGGAAGUGGGGAGAGCACUGAAAGAAGCCUUUGAUAUUGGGAAACCCCCUUGGGCAGAUGCUGCAGUCAUUGAGAUACUAACAGAGAAGACAGAGGCUGCCAGGCGAGUCAGCGAGAGCCUGGGUGAGAAGGUGGAAGCUGAGUGCCUGGAGGAGUGCCUGAGGUUCCUGGAGAGCUAUGAAGAUGAAGUGAGAAGUUUUAUCCAGCUUGAUGGCUGCUCACAGAUCUACAGCAGCUUACGAAUCCUGGAGAGUUGCUGCCUUCUCAGAACUGUCUGGCAUAAGUUAACAUACAUUUGCAGUGUCAGCACUGAGCAGAAUGUUAAGGUGAAUGGAUUUCUACACAGGAUGGAAGAUGAGGUUAUGGAGCAUUUUCUGCAGACCAUCACUACUAAAGUCAAGGGAACACUGAAGGACCACUUCAAAAAGUGUGACAGUGGUUUUGACCACAUCCUUGAAUGCUUAAAGCAAAGCUUUUUGACCUUUGGGAAGAAAAAAACAGAUAUAUAUGAGGCCCUGGUCAAGGCUGUCAAUGCCAUCCUUGUUACAGAAUACAUGCAGGCCCUCCUGACCACGCCCAGAAAAACAUCUGCUAUGCAGAGGAGGAGGAUUGUCAACAAGAUAGAAGAAGAUCAUAGGAUGAUGCAAACCAUCUUUAAAGAGUGCUUAGGUCCUGCAGCUGGCUCUCUCAAGGAUCCAAUAAAAGCAAUUUUAGAGCUUGUUCAAACUUCUGAUCCUGAGGGGAUGAAGAUAGCACUUCUGCCCAUUCUUAAAGAAUUUCCUGACCUCAGGAAGGAACAUCUGAGUGCAGUGCUGGACAUCAAAGAUUCACUCAGCCGAGAUGACAGAACUGCUCUCUUGAAGUCAUUUCAUGAUAAUUGCAGGGAAUCAGAAACAGAAGCAAACUUGCUUUUUGCAGAUAUAGAAGUAAAACCUAGAAAAUGUGGACUCUGUGGCUGCCUCUGCUGUUAGCAAAGGCCUGCUGGGAGAAACAUGACGCCUUACUCUACUGUGCCAGUGUCUGCAACCACAGCUCCUUGAAAGCUUCACAUGCAGCUGGAUGCAUGGAGAAGCCUGUCAGCCAUGGAAGACAAAAUUUCUGCAUUCUUGCAGGAAAACCAUGAGGCUCAAAUCCCAAGUCCAGGAGGGAGAUGAAUGGGAUAUGGUUGAAAGACAUUUCUUCAAGAUUUCCUAGAGACUGCCAUUCAGCUGAGUCCUGGUGGUUAUUCCCAGGUGUCAUGGUUUGACCCGGAAACAGGAUUUCUGGGAUGCUGUGGAUGGGGCCAAUGAGUGCUCAGAUUUGAAUAUUGCCAUCUGGCCCAACCACUGGGCAUUGGAUCCACCUCUGAGAACACAGGGUAAAAGCAGGGCU